UCUCCUCCACUCGUCGGCUCGUCGCAGACGGCAGACGACGCUGCCGCCUGCCUGUCGGAGCGCACGCACGGCCAUGGCCAUGGCCGCCCCGCCGCCGCCCACGGCUGUCUGCGCUCGCCACUUCCGGCUCCACCUCCCCUGCUCCUCCCGCCUGCCCAUGGCCGCCGCCUCUGCCUCCUCCUCUUCACCGCUCCGGCGCCGCCGCCGGCUCGCCGUCUCCCCGCGCGCCGAAGCUGGUACAGGGACUGGGACGGGGACCGGGACCGGGGACGUGGAGGCGCUCAGGGCCGGGGUGUCCGUGUACAAGCCGCGCUCCUACGACGUGCUCGUCACUGACGCCGCGCGCUCCCUCGCCUGCGCCAUCGACGACGGCAAGACCCGGCUCGAGAUCGAGUUCCCGCCUCUGCCAAGCAGCAUAUCUUCUUACAAGGGCUCCUCAGAUGAGUUCAUCGAUGCGAACAUCCAGCUUGCUCUUGUUGUUGCUAGGAAGCUCAAAGAGCUCAAGGGGACUAAGUCCUGUAUAGUGUUUCCUGAUCAACCUGAAAAGCGCAGGGCGUCACAGUUGUUCAGGACAGCUAUAGAUACGAUUGAGGGUGUAACUGUCAGUUCCCUGGAUGAUGUACCCACCGACCCUGUCAACAGCUUCUUCAAAUCAAUAAGAAACACCCUGGAUUUUGACUUCUCAGAUGACAAUGAAGAUAGAUGGAAAUCUGAUGAACCACCGUCAUUAUAUAUCUUCAUUAACAGCAGCACACGUGACCUUGCUUCUAUAGAGAAGUAUGUGGAAAAGUUUGCCACAUCUGUUCCAGCCCUUCUAUUCAAUCUUGAACUAGAUACAUUGCGUUCUGACUUGGGGCUUCUGGGGUUUCCCCCAAAAGAUUUGCACUAUCGGUUCCUUUCUCAGUUCACCCCAGUAUUUUAUAUCAGACAACGUGACUAUUCCAAGACAAUCGCAGUCGCUCCAUACAUAGUGAAUUACAGUGGAGCUGUAUUCCGUCGAUAUCCAGGCCCCUGGCAGGUCAUGCUGAAGCAGCUCGAUGGCUCCUAUGCAUGUGUUGCAGAGAGUGAAGCUCGGUUCACUUUGGGACAGGCGAAAGAAGAACUAUUGAGGGUUAUUGGUUUACAAGAAGAAGAGGGAAGCUCACUUGAAUUUCUCAGAAGAGGAUACAAGAAUGCUACUUGGUGGGAAGAGAACGUUGAUCAAGAGACGUCGGCUGCGUGGCGAACUUGAGACGCUGCAGCUGCUGGCUGAAUGCUUUUUCUGACCUGGGUGUGGAAAAUAGGCCAAACGAAACGAGUGUCCAUGUCUUGUUGUAUGGAACUGAAAAUUCUGAAAUUACAGAGAGAGAAGUCCAUGUACAGCGUAAUAAUAUUUGCCUGUGCUGAUAUCGUAUCGUAUCAUUAUUGUUAUGUGAAUACGAAGUAAGAGCUUCUGAGCACUAAGAACUUCUUUUUUCAAUGGUGACUGUAAAUUUGUUCUGUUUGUGGCCUUGGGCUCUUCAGCUUGAAGGUGCAAGUGUAAAAUGCAGGGGACUCUCUGGUUUCAGUC